AUGACGACGACGGCCACGCCACCGCCGGUGCCGCUGCCGACGUACUACACGCUCGGCGCGGGAGCCGUCGCUGGUAUUUUUGAGCUGGCGUGCCUGUAUCCGCUCGACGUGGUCAAGACGCGCCUGCAGCUCCAGCGCCAGGCGAGGUCGGAUGCGCCCCGCGGCAUUGCGCGCAUGCUCGUGUCGAUCGUGCGGCACGAGGGUCUUGCGACGCUGUACCGCGGCAUUGCGCCGCUGCUGGUGCUCGAGGCGCCGAAGCGGGCGCUCAAGUUUGGUGCGAACGAUGCGUGGGGCAAGGCGAUGCGCCCUGUCGUGCGCCACCAGCGUGUGCGCGCGGUGGUGACGGGGUGCCUGGCGGGCGCCACCGAGAGUCUGAUGGUCGUGCCGUUUGAGCUCGUCAAGGUGCGGCUGCAGGACCGUGCGCAGCGGAGUCUGUACCGUGGCCCGAUGGAUGUGGUGCGGCACAUUGUGCGGCAGGACGGCUAUGCGGGCCUGUACCGUGGUCUGCCGGCGACGAUGAUCCGGCAUGUGAUGUGGAAUGGCGGCUACUUUGGCUCGAUUCCCGCGAUCCAGGCGCGGCUGCCGCGUGCGACGAGCAAGUCGGAGCGGCUGCGCAACAGUCUCGUGUCCGGCACGCUCGGUGGGUUCAUCGGCACGGUGCUCAACACGCCGCUGGACGUCGUCAAGACGCGCAUCCAGAACGCCUCGACGUACUCGGGCGGCACGUUUGCGCAGCUCGGGCACAUCCUGCGCCACGAGGGCGCGGGCGCGCUGUACAAGGGCUUCUGGCCGAAGGUGGUGCGCCUCGCGCCGGGCGGCGGCCUCAUGCUGCUGGUCGUCGAUGCGAUUACCUCCUACGUCCGCGUGUGGCUGGGCCCGCCCUACUACACAUGA